AAAGCAAUAUAGUUAUACGAGACGUGAGAUGAGAGAGGAGUCUAUAUCUCUCAAAGGCGUGAAUCGUCCAAAAAAAGUGAAGUGAGAGGAGAGAGAGAGAGAGAGAGAGAGAGAGAGAGAGAGAUAGACUCUCAGUGCAAACAUAAUUGUCAUACAAACUAUAAAAUCACUACUAAAUCAUUAAACAACUUGUCAUUCAUUUGUAUCGAUAAAAUUCAAUUUGAAAUUAUAAUAUGUCUGUCUCUCGUAAAUCUACAUUAAUAACAUUGAGAAGGAGUAAUCAGUCUCAGCCCUGGGGGUUCAGACUGGCAGGAGGUGUCAAUCAGGGACAGCCAUUUAUGGUGCAAAAAGUCAUCCCUGAUAGCAUUGCGCACAAAUGCGGUCUACAAGAGGAGGACCUAUUGGUAAGGAUCGGCAAUAUUACGCUUAAGAGGUUAACACAUGAAGAGGUUCAGGAGAUAAUAAUACGAUGUAUUAGUACUAUUGAUCUCUUUAUCAUCAGAACUAAAGAACCCGAAGAAUUGGAAAAUGAAAAUCCAAUUUUGUUGAAACAGACAGAAGUUAAGCAUAUAGUCUACACCAAUACUGGUCCUAAUGUUAUCACUUCUGGUACCAAAUGUUUAACCGAUAAAAUGUUAAAUCAAUUAAAAGACGACAAUCACUAUAAGACAAAUUAUAUGGUUUAUAACAAUCCUUCAUCGCCUCCAAUGCAACCGUUUUAUGUCACCGAAAGAGAAAUGUUUGAAUGUAGAGAAUAUAGUUCUUCUCCGAGUCAAUCAAAAUCACCAUCGAGUGGACACCCAUACUCUCCAGUCAUGUCUCCAACCAUAAUCAGCUAUUACAAGCCAGAAGAGCAACAGUGGUCGACGGGAUUCAAUCAGCCAAGAGAUACCCGAGUUUUUGCUACCGGAUAUCGACCACAAUCUGUAAGUCCUGUUCAAUGUUCGCCAACUAUUCCCGGACUAAAUGAUAAGCGAGUUUUUGGUGUAUCAAAGAAAAAUCGUUCACCAAAUAGUAGUAAUGUUAUAAAUGGAGAAUUAAAACCCACUCAGACAUCAUCUGCAACACCAAGUCCUACACACGAAGCAAAAAUUAUAGCACAUCCGCCUCCCGUCUCUCCGCCACCCGUUCAUGAUAUGAGACAAAUGAAUAUAAUUACUGUUCAGCAAAAUAAAAAUCAAAAGUCGAUUAUUAAAACACAAGGAAAACAGUUUUUUGGACGACCGAACCAGAGAUCAGAAUUUAAUAAACCAGAAACUCAUAGAUCCCAAAGUACUGAAGAUAGUCGUGAAGUCAAAGAUAAAAGAGUAUUCGCCAACAAUACUGUUCCACGACUACAACGAUUGGGAUCAUGGGAUGAGUCUAAACCACAUUGGAAGACACCUUUGCCUAAAAUGGUGACCGGUAAGCCUGAGGAAGCUGUCAAUCAACUAUUGCCAUCACAGGCACGCAAACAGCAGACAUAUAUAGUGCAGACACCACCGACUGAAAAGAAUUGGCGACCGCCACCAACUGGUUCUUCGUCACGAAAAAUAAGACCAGUUUGGCCACCACUCGAUCAUAAUCAACAAUAUGUAUCUAAAACUGGAUUCGAUACGAGUGGACGAGAGUCUCCAGUAAUGCGCUAUGAAUGGCGCGCAGGAUCUGUUGACAACGGUAUUGAUAAUCGCAUGAGACAAUCAACACCACCACCGGGUCGUUUGCAGCAGACAUGGAACCCGAGAAGUGGUUCAGUAACUCCGCCGCCAUUACCUUAUUUACCGUCGAGACGAGUCAGAGGCACUGCGUGGCCGCCACCGAGUAACGCCACUCCUGCCGGUUGUACUGUCGUUAAAAUACAAUCACUGCCCGGUUCUCGACGAUCAUCGCAAGACUCUGACUUCUAUCCACCCAUUUAUUACCAUUCAAACAAUCAAUACGGCGAUCAAAGUUAUCAUUACGACACCGACUAAGAAGACAAUCAAUUUUAAAUAA